UUGGAAAGCAGUGUUUGAUGCUUAAUUACUCUUCCAGUAAUUUUCAUGAAUCGACUCAACUAGCUCUUUUUGAAGACUAUUUUGCCAAGUUGAUGGUUGAUGGGAAACCGAUAAAUCUAAGAUUGAGGGUUCCGCCAGGACAAGAGUAUUACGACCGACUGAGACAGCUGGUGUAUCCACAAACUAACGUCUGCUUGAUCUGUUUCUCAUUAGUCAGUCCAGCCAGUUUUGAAAGUGUCCGUUCAAAGUGGUAUCCCGAUAUGAGCCAUCACUGUCCCAACACGCCAAUCAUCCUCGUUGGGACGAAGCUGGAUCUGCGAGAAGACAAAGACAUUGUAAAGAAAUUGCUCACGAAGAAGUUGUCGCCAAUCACCUACCAACAGGGCCGGGCGAUGGCCAAGAAAUUACAUAUUGCCAAAUACCUGGAGUGCUCUGCCAAGACGCAGGAAGGUGUGACGAAAGUAUUUGACGAAGCAGUACGGGUCGCCCUCUCUCCCAGACCACAACAGAAACCUUAUAAGACCUGUAGAAUUUUGUAAGAAAAGCAUUUUAGGGCUAACAGUUAAAAUGCUGUUUGAUUAAUUUCACAUGUACUAAAUGCUGUUUGAUUAAUUACACAUGUACUAAAGUAUGUAUUCUGCUCGUGUUGUUGUCAAUUUUGAUAGUACCUGCGGAAUAUCACGUGGGUUUAAACUUAAAUGAAAUAAAAGAAACAAUAAAAACGA